ACUAUUUAAAGUCGCGACAUCGCGGGCGGCGGCUCAGUGGAAGAAGAAGGCGGCGGAGGAGGGUGGGAGUCAUUUUUUUUUUUCCCCCUCCCUCCACGCGAGUUUUCCGCCAUGAAUCCUAACUGUGCGCGCUGCGGGAAGAUCGUGUAUCCCACGGAGAAGGUGAACUGCUUGGAUAAGUUCUGGCACAAAUCAUGUUUCCACUGCGAGACCUGCAAGAUGACCCUGAACAUGAAGAACUACAAGGGCUACGAGAAGAAGCCGUACUGCAACGCACACUACCCCAAGCAAUCCUUCACCAUGGUGGCAGACACGCCCGAGAACCUGCGCCUAAAGCAGCAGAGUGAGCUCCAGAGCCAGAUCCGCUACAAGGAGGAGUUCGAGAAGAACAAGGGCAAGGGCUUCAGCGUGGUGGCCGACACCCCGGAGCUGCAGAGGAUCAAGAAGACUCAGGAUCAGAUCAGCAACAUCAAGUACCACGAGGAGUUCGAGCGGAGCCGGAUGGGGCCCAGCCCCAGCGAGGGCUCGGAGCCGGAGCGCCGGAAUUCCCCGGAGAGCGGCGGCUACCGGAGAGCAGAGCAGCAGCAGCAGCAGCACCACGGCCAGCCCGCAGCCACAGUUUACCAGCAGCAGCAGCAGCCGCCUCCAUCCCAGUCCUACGGCUACAAGGAGCCGGCUCCGGCCUCCUCACAGCGCAACGCCCCGGCCGGAGGGGGGAAGCGUUUCCGUGCCGUCUAUGACUACAACGCGGCGGACGAGGACGAGGUGUCCUUCCAGGACGGGGACACCAUCAUCAACGUGCAGCAGAUCGAUGACGGCUGGAUGUACGGCACGGUGGAGCGCACGGGGGACACGGGCAUGCUCCCGGCCAACUACGUGGAGGCCAUCUGAGCCCGGCCACACGCCCUGCCCCGUGUCCCCUCCCCUGCGUGCGGCUCUUGUCCCCGCCCCGCCCGCCCCGCCCUCCGAGCCGUGUCCCCGUGUCCCCUCCGGGGCCGGUUCUGCUCCGUGGGGGCUGCGGGGCCGUGCGGGGUGGGGAUCAAAGCCCCAGGGCAUUCCUGCUCCUGUCCCCCCUGUCCCUCCUGUCCUGCCCUCCCGGUCAGGGGAAGCCUCUGGAGCCACCGGGGUGCCAGGAAAGGGAGGGAGAGCCCAGUCAGGACCAAAUUCCCGUUUGGGGGUGGGGGAGGCGAGGGGGGCUCAGCCCAGGGUGCCCUGGGCUCGGGUGGGCUGGCAGCUCCCCCUGCUCAGCCCAGCUCUGGCUCCUCCUGCUCCUGGCUGCCCUCGCUCCCUUCAGUGCCCAGAGCAGGAAAGUUUUCUGCUCCAAUCUCCAACCAAACCUCUCUGCUCUGGCUGCUCCUGCCUUGGGCUGGAGCAGGAGCAGCCCUGGGGCUUGUCCUGGCUGCAGGGCUGGGCUGGGAUGAGCCCCCUGGAGCAGGGAUCAGCCCCCUGGACUGGAAUGAGCUCCCCUGAACUGGGAUGAGCUCUCCAGACUGGGUUCAGGCCCCCCGGAUUGGGAUGAACCCCUCCCCAGACUGGGAUGAGCCCCCCAGACUGGAUUCAGCCCCCUGGUGCAGGGAUCAGCCCCCCCAGACUGGGAUCAAUCCCCCUGAACUGGGAUGAGCCCCCCUAGACUGGGAUCAGCCCCCCCAGACUGGGAUCAGCCCCCCUGAACUGGGAUCAGCCCCCCCAGACUGGGUUCAGCCCCCUGCAGCUCCAGCUCACUCUGGGGGUCCCCUGGAGGAGCCUUUUCCCCCCACCCAGCAUUUUCCUGCUUUUCUCCUCCUCCUCCUCCUGCUGCUGCUGAGUGCUGCCACCCCUCUGGCCCCAUCCCGGGUCACUGUCCCCUGGGUGAUGUGACACCCUGAGCCACCCUGCACCUCUCAUUCCCAGCGCUGGUGGCAGCUUUUUGGGACCACUUUGGGGUCAUGUCACGGACCAAAACGUCAAAGCACGUCCCUGUCCCCUUCUCCUCCGAGCUCCAGAGCUCCUGGGGGGGAGCAGGGUCGGGUUAAACUGGAACUGGGCAGGGAGGGAGGAGCAGGAACCUCUGCAGGGUCCCGGGAGCAGGACCGGGGACAGCCCCGUGCCAGGACCUGGGGAGGUGACAGCAGGGAGCUCCACCUUUGUUAUUCCCACAUGAAAAUCGGGAAUUAGGGACCAAAGCGGCCGAGUGUGACAUUCCUUGGUCCUGCUGGGGACACCUCCCUCCCUUCCUCGGGGGCUGGGGUUGGGGACAGCGGGGUCGGGGGGCAGAGUCCUGCUGGGAGAAGGGAAUUGUGGCUGCAGUGGGAUUGGGGACAGGGAUUUGGGGUGACAGCGGGGCGGGAGCAGCCAGGAUGGGCUGCCCGGGGUGGGGAUCCCAGCUGGUGCUAAAACAGGGAGCACAAGGGCAGGGGGAGCCUCCUCUCCCUGCUGAAUUCUCUUCUUAAUCACGUUCUUGUCUGGGAAUGGGGUGGGGGCAGCCUCAAUGUGAAUAAAUCCUUUUUUAAUGGACCAAAUAACACAGGAGAUUCCCUUUUGGGAUACAGAUCUUUUUUUAAUCCUCUCUCAAAACCAUUGUCCCUAAAUUCUCCCCUCCCAUGCCCCUUUCACCCCCCACCAUGGGAAACAAACCUCUUACUGCUUGAUUUCUGCCUUUUCUCUCAACUUUAUGCACUUUUUUGCCUUUUUUUCAUAGCUGAAAAGCACCUAAACCUGUAUUUAAAAUAAAUAAAUAAGUAAAUGAGUUAAAAAAAAAGAGAAAUUACAAGGAGGAAGAACAAUUAAAAAGCUGAAUAAUUGCUUCUUAUCACGUGUAAAAUAGACCUCGUCCAUCCCAGCUUCCCUGGUUGUGUCUCAGUGCUGAGCUUAGAACGUGUUUUCCUCGGGAUCCGUCGCUUAAUUGGGGUUUUGUCCUUGUGUCCUUCCUGGGUUGAGCACCCACCAGUAAAAAAAAAAUAAUUUUACAAGAUUAUUUGGCCUUUUUAUCCAAAAAAGAAAACCCACGGAAGGGAACGACCCGACCGAUUCUCUUGCCGGUUUACUCGGAUUGAAAAUAAAAGUUUCAUUUUUACCUGC